UAUAUAUAACUUAUAACCCCAAAACCAAAACCUCUUUCAUUUCAUUCAAUUUCUUCACUCCAUUUUUACUAUGGCAACCCUUCGCUUCAUCGCCAUUUGUGCGAUCUUAGCCGUUAAUUUAGCACUGGUUUCAUCCUCAGCCAUAGAUUUCACUGGCAGCCACCAUCUGAGCUGGAUUUCAUCGAGAUCGGAAUGCACAGGCACAAUCGCAGAGUGUCUAUUAGCCGGAGACGAUGAUCUGGAGAUGGAGAUGGACUCGGAGAGCAACCGGCGUAUUUUAGCCACUAGGCGUUAUAUCAGCUAUGGUGCGCUCAGGAGGAACACUGUCCCUUGUUCUCGCCGUGGAGCUUCCUACUACAACUGCCGACCUGGUGCUCAGGCCAAUCCUUACAAGCGUGGAUGCAGUUCCAUUUCUCGCUGCCGAAGAUAAAUAUAUAUAUUAUAUAAUUUUUUAUCAUUUUUUAUUUUAUUUUUUUGGUGUCUUUUAAAAUAUAUUAUUACAUAUGUAUGAAUCUGAUCGAAGAUUGUGUGUUAUAUACAUUAAGAAGAAGAGAUUGGAAUAAGUUCUAAAAAAAAAUUGAAAAUAAUGCUUAUUACAUUUAUUUUUUUCAUUUAAUUUAUUAUCAAAAUAUACAUAAUUUUGCCUC